CGGGACCCCCGCCGCACGAUGCCUCGUCCUGAGAGCGCCAUUGGUCCGCGGAGGUCUUCAGCUGCUUUACUUCAAGUUAUUGCGAUCAAAGGAGCGUAUAUACAAUAAGUUCCAGUAAUGAAUAAAGGAAAUAAACAUUUUACUGAUGCAGGAGGACUGUCUGUGUUAUCAAAUAUACUGUAAAGCAUUAUAUGCGUGUCAACCUAGAGUUUUGUUUAUUGACUUAUAGUUUUUCAACUGUAUGCUGUAAAAAUUAGGAAAGAUAAUAAUAAUAAUAAAAAAAAUGUAUAUAAUGGAAUUAGGGACAGUUCUAUAAAUGGAUCACAAAUGGCUCGCUGCGGUGGUGCCGAGCUACACCUCCACUUCAAAAUCUGGACACUGUAUAAUAACUGUAACACUAGAGCACUAGAGCAAGUUAAAAAUGUAAAUAACUGAUAAUAAUCCCAGCAGCCCUGUAACAGAUCCUCUUAACAGAGCUUCUUAAACUGGCCACCCAGUUAGCCUUCUUUUUCUUUGUAAUAUUAUAAUUUUAUUCUCGAAGUCGGCUAUUUUUUUUACAGUGCUCUGGCGUUCCUUCAGUGUCACUUUCGUCUCCAGGCAAUUUUUUAUUUGAGAUUGUGCUGUGCUCUUCAUCGUAAAGGGUGCUGAGAGGGGUAUCAUUUCUGCAGAUGUAAAUAUCAGGUAUUCCGAUUUGAACUUGGUUAUCUUAGCAGAUUGUACGAUUAAGCUGUGUUUAACAUGUUCUCCUAAUGAUCUUUAUGGCUAAAACGUCUUAAGUCCUACAAGUUAUUUAGUUCUGCAAUAUCAGUUUUUCUUUCGUUAUAUACAACUAAACUAGCAGUGUCUAACAAGAGUCUUUGUUUGGCUUUAUAUCUUGCUGUGUUCUAAGUGAAAUAUAAAUAUUAAUGGACAGCGCGAGAGUAACCUCUAGCGCCCACGUUUACCAGACGCGUGUGCACGCAAAAGAGAGUCGGAUUCUGCCUGGAAUUCAAAAUUCGGCACACCGGUUAUAUAUAUUAUGAUUUAAAUACAUUUAAUUAAAUUAUAUCUCGCGCUUUUCAUCCAAGCCGUCCACUCAGCUCAGAGCGCCACUCCAUAUGCUCGAUUCAUGCUGAUACGCAGCUGCCCUGGAUAAAGCUUCAAGUUUGUUGGGUGAGUAAAGCACCUGUAAAGCUCGUUAGCCCGUAAACAAAAAAUAUAUUAGACGCAAAAAAGCACUUUAACUUUUACUUCAGUAGAAUUUUAGCAAAGUAAAGGUACUUUUACUUAAUUACAAUUUUGUACUUUUUCCACCUCUGCUUAUUACAGUUAGGAAGUCGUAAUGCGCCGAAUUUUAAGCUGCCACUGAACUAUCUGGGCGUAACUAUUUUUUUCAACUAACGUGCCCGGAGGACUCGGAGCCUAUGAGCCGGCUACGCCUGAUUUCCAGCGCGGCGCCUGAACGCUAUCACCCCUGCAUUUUAUCUGUGCUUCUAGCAUAAGUAUGAUAAAUAUGGAAUGUGGUCUUAUUUUAUCUUCUAUAUGUAAUCUCAAAUCUCAUAAACUUGCAGGUAAUCUCUUUCAGUGAUACUGAAAGUAAAAACUUAACAUUUUUAACAUUUCCAGUUUUUCCUGAAGGUGUGUAAGUACAAUAGUUCUUGUGUAAAUCAGACAGUGUGAGUAUUGAUAUCUUGGCUAAUAAGUAGAAUUACAGAAUAGUUCUGUUCACUUCUCUCCAACAGAGAACCAGGAAACAAAAUCUUCACACUGUAAAAUGGCAGAAGCCAAUGUUCCAUUGACUCAGGAUGAGUUCAGCUGUCCAGUCUGCCUGUAUCUCAUGAAGAAUCCAGUGGCUAUUAACUUUGGACACUUCUGUAUGGUGUGUAAUGAUUGUUGGGAUGAGGAGGAUCAGAAGAAGAUCUACAGCUGCCCUCACUGCAGACACACCUUCACCUCAAGACCUGUCGUGAGUAAAAACACCAUGCUGGCUGAGGUGGUGGAGAAACUGAAGAAGACGAGACUCCAGGCUGCUCCUCCUGAUCACUCUUCUGCUGAUCCUGAAGAUGUGGAGUGUGAUUCCUGUACUGGGAGAAAACACAAAGCCGUCCAGUCCUGCCUGGUGUGUCUGGCCUCUUACUGUGAAGCUCACCUCCAGCCUCACUACCAAUCUCCAGCCUUUAAGAAGCACAAGCUGGUCAAAGCCUCCAGACGACUCCAGGAGCAGAUCUGCUCUCAGCACGAUAAACUGCUGGAGGUUUACUGUCGCACCGACCAGCAGUGUAUCUGCAUGCUGUGCACCAUGGAUGAUCAUAGAGGACAUGAUACAGUGUCACUUGCAGCAGAAAGAUCUGAGAAACAGAAGCAGGUGGUGGAGGAACAGAGGAAAUACAAGAAGAGAAUCCAGGAGAGAGAGAAGGAGCUUCAGGAGUUAACAGAGGCUGUGGAGAAUCACAAGGUGAUUUUUAAAAUAAGUAGAAGAAUUAAAUCUGAUUCUCUUUCAGGAACAUCACUGUUUAUUUUCCCUGCUCCAACUCUGUUAUGA